CCUGGAGGAGGGUUUUCGUGUCGCUCGUUGCACUACUGUGUGGAGUUCGCUUUUUUAAUAUCGAAACAAUCCCUUGCUGUCUACGAAGAAGUUUGGGCACCACGGGAUCCGAUAUUCAUGCGACGAAAGAAAGUUUCAUUGGGAAGAUGGAGUUUCGUCAGAGAACUGGCGUUUGUUUGUUAGCUGGCUUUGUGUAGAGUGACUGAGUGCACACAAAGAGAAAUCUUCCUCGCGAUGGAGCGGCCGGGACCCUGUCUCUGUCGGCUUUUCCUCGUCCACCACUUAAAAAAUAUCGUUUAGCAAUUCAGAAUUUUAACGGACCGUUUAAAAGUCCUCCACUCUGUAGUAUGUCUGACCCAAGUUAUUGGACAGCUUUACCGAGCUACAAAUCUCAUUUUGUGACGGGGGCGAUGCUUAAGCGGUCGAAAAGCUGUCGUAGCAGUAACCGAAAGAGCCUUGGUGUCGGAACGCCAUCACCUACGCUGUCACGACCCCUUUCUCCUCUUUCAGUUGCCACAGCUGGCAGCAGUCCAUUAGACAGCCCCAGAAAUGUGUCUUCUGGCGCCACUGUCAGUUUCCCCUUUGCUCGGAGCCACAUGACCCGUGUCGACAGAGCGGAAGGACGAAGAUGGUCUCUGGCAUCCCUCCCCUCUUCUGGCUAUGGAACCAACACCCCCAGCUCCACAGUCUCUUCUUCCUCAUCUUCCCAGGAGCGCUUGCACCAACUGCCCUUCCAGCCCACUGCGGACGAACUGCACUUCCUAUUCAAACAUUUUCGCAGCUCUGAAAGUGUGACAGAUGAGGAUGGGCGACCCUCCCCAUGCAUCCGUCGUCGAUCUCGCAGCCUUAGCCCUGGUCGGACAAGUGGGUCGUUUGACAACGAAAUCAUAAUGAUGAACCAUGUGUACAAGGAACGCUUUCCCAAGGCAACUGCACAGAUGGAGGAGCGUCUGCUGGAAAUUGUCAUGCAGUGCUCCCCAGACAGUACCCUCCCGCUUGCUGACGGGGUCCUGGGCUUCAUCCAGCACCAGCUGGUAGAGCUUGCCCGUGACUGCUUGGACAAGUCCAAGAAGGGCCUGGUGGCCUCACGCUACUUCUUGGAACUGCAGGAGAAGCUUGAGAAGCUGCUUCAUGAGGCAUUUGAGCGGUCCGAGAGCGAAGAGGUUACUGUAAUCACUCAACUGGUGAAGAAGAUUCUCAUUGUGAUAUCCAGACCUGCCAGACUUCUGGAAUGCCUGGAGUUUGACCCAGAAGAGUUUUAUCACCUGCUUGAGGCGGCAGAGGGGCAUGCGAAAGUGGGGCAAGGCAUUAAGACAGACAUCCCUCGCUAUAUAAUCAACCAGCUGGGCCUAAACAGAAAUCCCCUGGAAGAAAUGGUACAACUUGAACAGUAUGACUCUGGUCCAGCUGCUGCUGCAGAACCUCAUGACUCUGUGGUGCAGAACAGGUCAGCGUGCACACCACCCAGAAGGAAGCCGCUGGAGAGUGACUUUGAAACUAUCAAGCUGAUUAGCAAUGGUGCUUAUGGUGCGGUGUACCUAGUGCGACACAGAGAAACCAGGCAACGCUUUGCCAUGAAAAAGAUCAACCGGCAGAACUUGAUUUUGAGAAACCAGAUCCAACAGGUGUUUGUGGAGCGGGACAUUCUUACGUUUGCAGAGAACCCUUUCGUUGUCAGCAUGUUCUGCUCCUUUGAGACAAGACGCCACCUAUGCAUGGUCAUGGAGUAUGUAGAAGGUGGAGACUGUGCCACCUUGUUAAAGAACAUGGGGCCUCUUCCUGUGGACAUGGCCAGGUUGUACUUUGCAGAAACUGUUUUGGCCCUUGAAUACCUACACAACUAUGGCAUUGUGCACAGGGACCUCAAACCAGACAACUUACUGAUUACAUCUAUGGGGCACAUCAAGCUAACUGACUUUGGUCUCUCCAAAAUUGGUCUAAUGAACAUGACCACCAACCUUUAUGAGGGUCAUAUAGAGAAGGAUACUAGGGAGUUCCUUGACAAACAGGUGUGUGGUACUCCAGAGUACAUAGCUCCAGAAGUGAUCCUGCGGCAGGGUUAUGGCAAGCCAGUGGACUGGUGGGCAAUGGGAGUUAUUCUCUACGAGUUUCUGGUGGGCUGUGUACCUUUCUUUGGGGACACCCCCGAGGAGCUCUUUGGACAGGUUGUCAGCGAUGACAUCAUUUGGCCAGAAGGAGAUGAUGCACUGCCAGCCGACGCCCAGGAUCUGAUCACACGACUCUUGAAGCAAAGUCCUCUGGAGCGCCUAGGGACAGGUGGAGCAGGCGAGGUGAAGCAGCACUUAUUUUUCUUUGGCCUUGACUGGAAUGGCCUCCUUCGUCAGAAGGCUGAGUUCAUCCCGCAGUUGGAAUCAGAAGAAGACACUAGCUACUUUGACACUCGUACGGAACGUUACCAACACUUGGCCUCUGAAGAUGAUGAAACAAAUGAUGAAGAGUCUUCCCUUGAAAUCAGACAGUUUUCUUCCUGGUCAAAUCGUUUCAGCAAGGUGUACAGCAGUUCAGAACAUCUUGCCACCACUUCAAAUUUGAGCUUCUCCUCAUCAGACCGAAGUCACAGUGAGGAGAAGGAGGAGCGCUGGGAAUGUCGACCUGGACUCUCUUUGGAUGAGGGUCGACAGCAGGGGAGCAAUGGUGACAGACAGGCUGGCCAUCGGGGGAGCCUCCGUCCCCGAGCUUCAUCCAGUUGCUCCCACUCUGAAAGGAGCACUAGCCCCCUGGUGAUGAGCAGCACUCACAGCCUGGACACCAUGCCUCGAUUUGCAAUCUCCACUGAUGACGAGGCAGAAGUAGUAGUGUCAAAUUUGCACCGUAUCAGACUGCGGAGCAAUAGCACAGGAACCAAGCACUCUUCCCCAAAAGAUCAUGGGACUCCUCGGCGCUUCGGGCACCAGCUUGAAACCCCUGACAGGCAUCGGCUGCCAUCUGGAGGGAAGGUCCCUAAGUCAGCCUCUGUUUCAGCCUUGUCUCUAAUUAUUACUCCAGAUGAUGUAACAACAAGCCCCAUUUCCCCACAUUCGCUCUCCUCAAACCCUUCUUCCCGAGAUUCCUCCCCCAACCGGGACCUGUCAUUAGUCAGGAGCCUGCGUCCGCCUAUCAUUGUACACAGCUCUGGAAAGAAAUACGGCUUUGCGCUGCGUGCCAUACGUGUCUACAUGGGCGACAGUGAUGUCUACACAGUGCACCACAUGGUCUGGAGUGUUGAAGAGGGCAGUCCUGCCCACGAGGCUGGUCUGAGAGCUGGAGACCUCAUCACACACGUGAAUGGAGAAUCAGUUCAGGGGCUGGUGCACACAGAAGUUGUGGAGCUGCUACUGAAGAGCGGUAAUAAAGUCGCUCUGCAGACAACAGCACUGGAAAACACAUCAAUCAAGAUAGGACCAGCACGGAAAACCAGUCAGAAGGGCAAGAUGGCACGAUACAGCAAGAAAAGCAGAAAGAGGGAUGGGCAAGACAGGCGUCGCUGCAUUCUGAAAAAACUGACCAAGCAGAGCACAGUGAUCCACAGCAGCCGCAGCUUCUCCUCUGGCCUGCACCACUCCGUGUCAUCCAGCGAGAGCCUGCCCGGCUCCCCAACAAACAGCCUUUCUCCCGGGCCUUCGACACCCUGCCGCAGCCCUGCCCCAGACCACGUCGGCGAUUCUAAUUCUCCUCAGAACACCUCGCCCAACUCCAGCUCCCCUAGCUCUCCAGCGGCACACAUCCGGCCCAGCUCGCUGCAUGGACUGGGCUCCAAGCUGAGUGCACAGCGCUUUGCUAAAGUGGCCCGCCGCAAAUCCACCAGCAGCAUCCCCCCUUCGCCACUGGCCUGUAACCCCUCUCCACAGCCCAUCUCACCACAGCGCUCACCCUCCCCGCUACCUGGAUUCACCAAGACGCUUCACUCCAUUCACGGAAAGACACUGUCACCGCCUACCAUCGUCCGACAGGUUUCCAGGCCACGUAGCGCCGAGCCACCGCGCUCACCCUUGCUGAAACGAGUGCAGUCGGCAGAGAAGCUCUCUGGAGGCUACCACAGUGAUAAGAAGUCCUAUGUCUCCCGCAGACACACACUAGAGGUGCCGCACAUUGAGGGAGACGCAUUGGGAAAGCUGGAAGCUGACGGGGCUGCUGGGCUGGCGUACCUAGGUGACAGCGGGAGGCUAGGAGCCUACCUGGGUGGACAGAGGCUGAGGGACUGGGCCGGUGAGCGGCCUGAGGAAGUGGUGGUGAUGAGGAAGCUUAACCUAUCGGAGCGGCGUGACUCUUUCAAGAAACAGGAGGCUGUGCAGGAGGUGAGCUUUGAUGAACCAGAGGAGAAGAUGGCACAGAGCCCCAACACAGGGUCCCAGUUCAAGGCUCCAUGGAUUGUUCGGGAGCCCGUGGCAAGUGAAGAAGCCGCAACAAAAAGGUCAACUCUGGUUCCCCAGAUUGCAGUGCAGGGGUCUGAAAGUGAGGAGAAUGAAGACUGGGAGGGCCCUUCUGACUCAGGAGAAGAAAAGGAUGGACAAACAGGCGUUCCAGAAAACAGCCAAAGCUUGAAUUUGUCUCCAGAGGGAAUGUCACACUCUGAAAGGAGACCCAGUAGCACACAAGAAGGCCCUGCUGCAGCCUCUCACAGAGGCACUGUUGCAUGGGCUGCUUCAGAUGAGCCCGGGGACAGGCAGACCUAAAGGCCGAAGGCUAGUUACACACCAUCAUAGUCAAACAUGCAUCUCGCCAUUCAAAAUUGCCCAGCUUAAAUGUUCUAGAUGUUCUUAAAGGAUCAGACUAAAAAGGUUCCCCCCCCAAAAUAAUGAAAGUUUUCAGUCUAACGUUUUCAUUUUAACAUCAUUCUGGCAUUUAAUCACAGAAUGAUCAUUUUAAUUUGUAAAUACAUUGUAUAUAGAAGAAGAGAAGACUGGUGAAGCUGGACUUUUUUCCAGGAUGUAUUUAUUAGUUUUAUAAGCUAAGAUUUGUAAUGGAGCCAAAAAAAACUUGCUUGGUUGUUAACCAGUCUGACUAACCAUGUGUUAAGUUUUAAGAGUUUUGUAUCCACUGUGAAAAAUGUAAUUUUUUUUUCUUUUUCUAUAAAUCUAUAUUUUUAAACUCAGCCAAAUAGAUAAUUGUGACAGGGUGCAAAAACUGUCAAAUAAAGACAAAUGAUAAAAAUUCUGUUUUUUAAAUGGGGAAAAAUUAAACCUUAUUUGAUUUAAACAGGGCUACAGGGUUUUUAGAAAACCAGAAAGGUCUCUCUAAUAUUUUUACUUGGGAGUUCUAUCAAACAUUGACAUUAGCUUUCAUUGUUACAUCUUGGAUUCCUCAAUCAGCAAGCAAAUUUGUGGACCUUGAACAUUCAUUGUGUUUUUAUUGACUUUUACUCAGUAGUUUCAUAGUAAGACUGCAAGAAAUAUAUACUCAAUGGGUGUGACUUUUUAAAACACAAUACAGCAACUCGGAUAUCUUCAGAAGAUGUCCUAUGCACUAAAGAGCAUUGUUACCACACUAUUUACUAAACUCGCUUCUGAUAAAUGAAUAACGGUAGUAUUUUAUGCUACAGUAUUUUUAAUGAAUUUUGAGACCAUUUCUUUAAUAGUUUUGUUAUGCUCUGACUAAUAGGCAUGGCAAGCCUUAUCGUGUGAUCAUGGUGAACAAAAAGCAGAGAAAACAUUUCUUCUGGUCUCCAGCAUGAUAACGUGAGCUUGCUUUGUAGCGUGUUCCUAUGCAGCUAUUGGCUAUUCAGUGACCUGAUCUGUCUUAGCUGGAAGCAAAUGUGCUCAUUUCUUUCCAAAAACUAGUUAUUGCAUGAUCUGGCAAAUGCCAUGCGAUGAGUAAAUGGCACUCACAUGACAAGAGUGCAUUUUUCACUAGUAUAUUAUGCAAUGCUUUGGAUGGGCGUCAAAGUUGUUUAGCUCAGGCAACUCUCUAGAAAUUUAUAUAAAUGUAAGCAAAAACAAAUUAAUUCCCUGUUCUCUCAAGGUGAUGUUUAAUUUUUUGUACUGUACAAGUAUGUAUAUUUUGAUAUCAAAGCUGCUUAAUUGCAAUGUGAUGGAUUUGAUUCCAUGCUCUCGUUUACCUAACUUAACUAAUGUUCUCAGUGUCGAAGGUGUAACCGUGUCUGAGUGAAAGACCAGCAGCAGUAAGGAGUGCCUGUGCUGGGAGUGUGCUCAUUCCCAGUCAGAUUUUCACUGACACGUUACCUGUGUGUUUUUUUUUCCAUGGAUCAGUGCAGUUUCUAACUUGACGUUAUCUGCUCACAUUUGUUGUAUUUCAUAGUACUUGAUCUUUCAGAAGUGUACUGCAAGUCCUUUCGACUGUUAUGUGGAACUUUUAGUACAGUUUCAUUUGAGUAUUACAGUUUUCCUAGAAAUGUAAGCAAAACUACCUUUUGUAACAAGUCUUAACAGAGAAAUGUUGAAGAAUGCAUUGAAGGCAGAGUAUCUUCCACAACUGGAUGGUAGAGUACUGGACGUGGGAAGAUGGUCUGCUAAUGUUCCAUUAACUCAUUCUCUGUAACGUCAGGGAAUAUUUACAGUGUUACAACUAGUCAAAUUAUGUACAUUAUAUUUGUGAUAAGUUGAAAACUGUUUUGAUAAUGUAAUUCUGCUUGAUAAAAACCACUCCUUGUGGUAUACUCAACAUGGCUCGUGUAUUGCAGAGUUUUUGUAUCUUUUUGAAAUAUGGUUUGAACUGUAAACCCAUAUUGCACCACAAACACUCCUAUUCUCAUGCAUGCUGCAUGACACAAGGGUACCGUUACAGGACUGCAUGACUUCUAUGGAUGUACAGCUCACCCACUGGUGUACGUGUGUGAAAGGCUGUCUGUUGAUCAGACCCUUUGUGCACUCACCUGAUUUAAAAACUGUUCUCUGUUCCCUUCUUCUAAACCACAAACUAAAUGUUCGGUUAAAAUAUCUUUUCUUAAAUGAAUAUUAAAAUGUUCUGAGGAAGAAAAUGGAUGCAUUGUUGUUGGUGUAGAGUUACUUAGGUUUUAAUUUUCAAGGUGAAAACAUUUCAAGUGAAUGUUUAUUUUAAUCUGUGGAUUAGAUCUGGAGUGGAUUAUAAAUAUUGGGGCGGCAUCAAGCCUGCAGUAUGUCUCAAACCUACAGGCAUCUCUCAUACCUCCAGUUUCUACUUUUGCUUUACAAAAUAUUGAUUUUGAAACUACAAUUUCAGCUGAAUCUAUUUUACUUUUAACAAAUACUUUUUUCUUGACACUUUCAUGUAUUAAGAAAAUAAUUGACACAAGUGAACAUGUGUUGAUGUGCUUUGAGAUUUACUGCGUAGUUGGGAAAUGCUAAAGGCAGGUGAUGCCAUGUUCCAUUGGGUGUAAUGGAGAUUCCGUGUGAUGGUUUCAUACCCUUUAGGUUUGUUUUGUCUGGCUGCUUUCAUUUAUAUGACCUACAGUAGCAUUGGUGCUGGUUGGUGUAAAUAUUAUUUAUUAUAACCCUUUCCUGUUCUCUAACUGUGCUUUUUUUAAAAUAAAUUAUG